AUGACCUACAAUCAGUAUCAGCGCUAUUCAGGCAACCCGUACGAGGAGCAGGGUGGAGGGGGAGGGGGAUAUGGCAGCUCCAAUCCCUACGCCAGCGAUGCGGGCAAUCCCUAUGGCGGCGAUGCGGGCAAUCCCUACGGCGGCGCAUACGGCCUGACACAACAACCCAUGCACGGUCAGAACGUGCAAUACGUCCAGCCCUCGCCCACUCUCCUCUCCAACCAAGACUUCCUCUCGCGCGUCGAAGCCGUCAAAGCGGACAUCCGCACCCUUACCACUCACGUCGGUCAAAUCGCCUCUAUGCAUCAGCGCACUCUCUCCUCCCCCGACAGCAGCUCCUCCGCCCAACUCGAGUCCAUGAUCACGCAGACGCAAGUACUCAACACCUCCAUCAAAGACCAGAUCAAGUUCCUCGAGACCGACGCGGCGCGAUCGAAGGACAACCAGGUCAAGAACACGCAGGUUGGGCAGCUGAAGAGCAGCUUCACAAAGCAACUGCAGGAGUACAGGGUGGAGGAGGCGAACUACGAGAAGAGAUACCGAGAGCAGAUUGCGCGGCAGUACAGGAUCGUCAACCCGGACGCGAGCGAUGCCGAGGUGCAGGAGGCGGCGGACGCGGAUUGGGGUAACGAGGGUGUUUUCCAGACUGCUCUCAAAACCAACCGCUCAGCAACCGCCAACAGCGUCCUCGGCGCCGUGCGCGCACGCCACAACGACAUCCAGAAGAUCGAGCGCACCCUCAUCGAGCUCAACCAGCUAAUGGAAGACCUCGCGACGGCCAUCGUGCUGCAAGAGGCGCCCAUCCAACAGGUCGAGCAGCACACCGAGAACGUGAAGAAGGACACGGAAGCCGGCAACCAACAACUCGACAAGGGUAUCGAGCAUGCGAAGCGCGCGAGGAGGCUCAAGUGGUGGGUUUUCUGGAUCGUCGUCAUCAUUAUCUGUAUCUUGGCGCUUGUUUUGGGCCUGUGGUUUGGUUUGCCGAAGGCGACGACUGGUCGGACGUAA